AUGUCCACCGAUCCGCGCGCCCGGUGUGCAUCCCGGAGCAAGCCGCCCACGUUAUCCGCCACUUCAAUGUCCCAGUCAAUAGGGACAUCGAAUGUUCAAUGCCCCUCACGCCGAAAUAAGGAAAACUCGCAAGAAAUGAAGCGAUCCAUGGCCACAACACUGGCGCACGGCAUGAACCGGAGACUCGGAAGGGUCGAACAAGGAGCGACGAAUAUCAGAUUCAUGCUAGCCCGGUCCCAUUCCCAUUCCUCAACGACUUCGUUUUGCCAACUGCGACGAUCAUCAUCAAGCUCAGGCAGAAUUGGUUCAGCUGGCUCAUCGCGAACAGACUCCGACAAAUCGAUAGCGUAUGGUCACGAAUUUUUUGGACAGCCGCUCCCGGCCACACACCCUCACUUACUAGGUCCCAAUGACCUUACCAUCGGCAUACCUCGAGAGGAAUACGCUCAGCGACGCGCCAAGUUGAUGGAAAUGUUACCUGAUGGUUCUGCUGUUAUUAUCGCGGGUGCAAGAACUAAAUGGAUGGCCCAUCAUGUCUUCUAUCCAUUUCGGCAAUCGAGUGACUUUUGGUACCUGACAGGUUUCCAAGAGCCAGAUUCUUGUCUUCUCCUAGAAAAGGGCAACAGCACCAAAGGCUAUACGAUGACAAUGUUUGUGAGGCCUAAAGAUCCUUUUCAAGAGAUGUGGGAGGGUGCUAGGUCAGGGAUCGAUGGAGUGACAGAAUGGUUCGGGGCAGACAUAACGUACGACAUUUCGGAUCUCGCAAGCAGACUAAAACCGGUCUUGACUAAGUCAACCAACUCACCCGUGUACCUAGACUUACCCUCAGAUAUCGAGUUCCCCAAUUUGCCACCAUGGAAAUCGACCGUCCCGCUCAUAGACUUUUUCUCCAAGAACAACUCCCAAACCGGAAAUCUGACCGAUUUUCUAAGCUCUGCACCCGGUAAUUUUUCAUCAUCCUCGAGGUCUGAUCUUGAUAGCUGUCUGGCGGUUCUUGCGACUUCGCGAUCAGUCAAUCGUGGGCAGACAAACCAAUCCAAGUAUCGGCCAAUCCGGUCUUUGCAAGCCAAGCUAGACUCGAUCAAGAUGAUCAAAUCUGAGGCUGAAUUGAAGCUACUCAGAAUGGCGGCAGAUAUCAGCGCUCAUGGAUUCAAAGCCGCCAUGCGUCUCGCGGCGGAAUGCGACUCUGAAGGCUCAAGAAGUGAGCACGACCUCGUCCAGACUUUCGAGGGUGCAUGCCAUCAGCAUUCGCCCGGGGUGGGCGGUCGAAUGGGAUAUGUGCCAGUGUGUGCAGCCGGUCCUGCGGCACUCACCAUUCACUACACUUUCAAUGACCGGGCUCUCAAGCCCGGGAACCAGCUCGUUUUACUGGAUGCCGGAUUCGAAUAUGCUGGCUAUGUCGCCGACAUCACGCGGACCUUCCCAGUCGGGAACAAGGGCAAAUUUACCUCGGCUCAAAAGGACUUGUAUGAGGUUGUGAAGAAUGCCGAAAAGGAACUUAUUACUCAAUGUCACCAGGGCUCUGGGCAUUCCCUCAGUAGUCUACAUCGUGCUAGUUGCCAGCUCUUGAAAGAAGGGCUGGUAAAGCUAGGAUUCAAUCUAGAUCAUCCGGAUGCUUUGAAUAGAUUGUAUCCCCAUUAUAUCGGCCAUCCUGUGGGCACUGAUUUACAUGACACGCCGACCUGGAAUCGAUCGCAUCGACUGAAAGCAGGCUCAGUCAUCACAAUCGAGCCGGGAGUUUAUGUCCCUGACGAAGACCGAUACCCUAAACACUUCCGCGGAAUUGGGAUUCGAGUGGAAGAUAUGGUGCAUGUUCGCGAAACCGAUCAAGUGAUCUUUAGCUGUAAUACCCCUAAAGAAGUUGUGGACGUUGAAGCUUGCGGCUCGGGUUUACUGGACGGAAUACAUUGA